CACAGAACUGACACUUACUAGCAGUUCCCACUCACUACCAGUCAGUUGACUCACUGUACAAGACCUCUCCUCUUCACUUCACUCUACUGCAGGGUGGGAGAUGCAACAAUGGCCUUGAGAACAGUAGGAAGUGUGUUGGUGGUCUUUCUCUGGUCUGUGACAGUGGUACUGGGUCAGACUGGCUGGAGUGUGACUUACACCAAGAAGAGUUUCUGUACCUUAAAUGGGUCAACAGUGGAGCUGUCCUGCUCUUACACAUAUCCCAGUGUUCAUACAAUCACAACAACCUUCUGGUUCACUAAAAAUGAUGCUGCGGGUCCUGUUAGUCUGAGUGAUGACCCAGACUACAAAGGACGUGUGACAUACCGUAAGGAUAAAGAGAAUGGUCACACCCUGACAAUCACAGACCUGAGAGAGAGUGACUCAGCUGAGUACAAAUUCAGAUUUAAAGAUCAGACUGGAGGAUGGAGAUAUACUGGCACUCCUGGAGUCUCUGUGUCUGUCACAGGUCUUCAGGUGAAGGUGACUGGUAGACAUCAGGAUAAGACACUGACCUGUAUCACCACCUGUACUCUGACUGACAACCCCACCUAUAUCUGGUACAAGAACGGACACAAAGUAAAGGAGGACACUUCCAGCCUGUACUCAGACUACUUUAGUGAUGCAGACAGUUACUCCUGUGCUGUAAAAGGCCGUGAGGAUCUCCGCACUCCUGCAGUGUGUAAGAAGUGUUGGAGUGUGACUUACUCCCAUCAGAGUAUCUGUGCCUUGACGGGGUCAACAGUGGACAUAUCCUGCUCUUACACAUAUCCCAGUUAUCAUGAGAUCAAAACAGCUUUCUGGUUUACUAAAUGGUCUGGUAUGGAUGCUGAAGAUCUGAGCUCAGUGCCAGGGCAUGAGGGUCAUACAGAGUACCUUGGGGAUAAGAAGAGUGACUGUACCCUGAGAAUCACAGACCUGAGAGUGAGUGACUCUGCUGUGUACAGGUUCAGAUUGAUAACAUCUGGAGAAAAGUUUUCUGGCUCACCUGUCUCCCUGACUGUCACAGAUCUUCAGGUAAAGAUUACAACUUUACUGUUUUCAAGAUGGGUGACCCUGAACUGUGGCACGUGUACUCUGACUGACAACCCCACCUACAUCUGGUAUAGGAACGGAUACAAAGUAAAAGAGGACACAUCCAGCCUGUACUCAGACUACAUUAGUGAUGCAGACAGUUACUCCUGUGCUGUAAAAGGCCAUGAGAAUCUCCACUCUCCUGCAGUGUGUGUUCGUGGUCAGAACUGUUGGAGUGUGACUUACCCCCAUCAGGGAGUCUGUGCCUUGAAGGGGUCAUCAGUGGAUAUAUCCUCCACGUAUGACAGUGGUUAUGAUACGAUCACAUCAUCACUCUGGUUUAGUCCUAAACAUAAUGCCAGCUGGAGUGAUAAGUUGAUCCCUGAGGACCUAGCCACAGACCCAGGGUAUGCAGGUCGUGUGGAGUAUGCUGGAGAGAAGGAGAGCGGUCGCUCCACCCUGAGAAUCACAGAUCUGAGAGAGGAGGACUCUGCUGAGUACAAGUUCAUAUUCAACACAGAAACCUCAGGAUGGGGGUACAGCUUCCCUGGAACAACUCUGACUGUCACAGGUCUUCAGGUGCGGAUUAAGGAUCCAACCAACAUCAUAGAGGGAAAGGAUCUUUGUCUGUUCUGUGAGUCCAUAUGCUUUCUGCAGGACAACCUCUCUUACAUCUGGUACAAGAACAGACAACGUCUGAUCGGUCAUGAGACUAAGUACCUGUACUUAAAGCCGGUCAGCAGUGAGGAUACAGGCAGAUACUCCUGUGCUGUAGCAAACCAUGAGGAUCUCCACUCUCCUGAAGAGUCUCUCACUGUCACAUAUGGCCAAAGGAACACCUCGGUGUCAGUCAGUCCCUCUGGUGAAAUAGUGGAGGGCAGUUCAGUUACUCUGACCUGCAGCAGUUAUGCCAACCCACCUGUGGACAAAUACACCUGGUACAAGAAGAAUGUAACCUCACCAAAAGCAUCAGGACAGAGUUACAGCAUCACUAACAUCAGCUCUGAGGACAGUGGAGAAUACUACUGUGAGGCCCAGAAUGAAGUUGGAGCAAAAAUAUCAAAGCUUGUUCCUGUAAAUGUUUUGUAUAAACCAAAGACCACCUCAAUAUCAGUCAGUCCCUCUGGUGAAAUAGUGGAGGGCAGUUCAGUGACUCUGACCUGCAUCAGUGAUGCCAACCCACCUGUGGACAAAUACACCUGGUACAAGAAGAAUGUAACCUCACCAAAAGCAUCAGGACAGAGUUACUGCAUCACUAAUAUCAUCUCUGAGGACAGAGGAGAAUAUUACUGUGAGGUUGAGAAUAAAUAUGGACGUCUCAACUCUUCUUCUGUGUUUGUGGACGUUCACUGUGAGUACACCUAA